GCAGUAUGGUGUUACUAUUUUAGCCCUGAAGCAAUGAUGAACUGAUUAAAAAGUUAUAUUGUCAAGUUGACAUUGACAGUCCAAGAUAAAUUUUACCACAAGAUACGUUUUUAUUGAUCCAACUUCCGGGAAUUUAUCCCCAUCCUUUCACAGUUUUAUAAUAUCAAUUGUAAAUAAACAAAAGGUAUGGUAAAUUUGAUGGAUACUUUGAUGAUAAAUACGGUGACGGACGGAGCUAUGACUUUCUUGCGCCACAUCGGCGUGUUUAAGUCGAAAACUGUUGAAGCUCCACCAGUAACUAUAAUAGUAAAGAUGCCUUUGUGGGAGUUGGCGCAAGAAGCUGGGCCGUUCGUGCGGUUCGCCGGCCUGAGCGGAGCCUCUGCCGUAGUGCUAGGAGCUAUGGGUGCCCAUCGCACUUUCCCAGAAACUGAUACCAAAGAAGAUCUGAGGAAAAUAUUUGACACUGCUAAUCGGUUCCACUUUUUACACACUUUAGCACUAAUGACAGUGCCACUGUGCAAAAGACCAUUCAUCGCUGGAGCAUUCUUCAUGGCUGGGAUGGGGUUAUUCUGUGGUACCUGUUAUUACCAUGCAUUCACUGGAGACCGCAGUUUGCGUCGACUUACUCCAAUAGGUGGUUCAUGCCUCAUACUUGGCUGGAUAGCCAUGGUAUUUUAAGCACAAUACAAUGUAUAACAUAAUUAUCAGUCAUGUGUAUCUUAUCACUUCAUUUAUAUUAGUGUUAAUUGAUAAUUGUCGUUUUUGGAAAUGGUAUGGAUAUUUUAUUAGAGAACUGUAUGCAUGUUUAGUAGGAUUUUCUAGAUAAAAACUAUUUUUUAGUCUAUUAUGAGCUUCGGAACAUAACUUAUUUAAACCUUAUUUUCUUCCAGUUUGCUUAUACAAGUCAAAUACAUUGUGUAGUAGAUAAUGUUUAAUGGUUGAAUAGGAAUGAAGUGAUAAUUACUGUACUUUGUGUACUUUUUGCUUCCAUCAUUUUGUAGAAUAGGGAACAUCUUCAUACAAUAUACCCAUUUAAAAAUAUAGUAUUUUCCUUUGUCAUAUGUAAUUGUAACAUUAUAAAAAGUUUCUUUUUAGUAUUUCCGCCUGUGAGGUUUAAAAAUGAUUCACGCUGCAUACAAUAUUUGAAGAAACCUUGGAACAGGUUUCCCUAGAGGAUUAUUCAUUAUGUGACAAAAGCCUGAUAACCGCCACCGCUGGCCCCUUUCCAUCUUAAAGUGAUCACAUAAAUAGUAUGGGCGUGUUCCUUAAAUUGUUUUCAGAUCAGCAACCACUUUGUCACGUCUUAGUGUAUUUAAAACUCAAAGAGAUGAGGUCUGCUCAAGAAUAUGUGACGUUAUCUGGGUAAAGGGACGUUAUUGUCGAUGGCGCUUACAGCGUUAUGAGCGAUGUCCGUAUACAAAUACGACGCCGCGGGACGUAAGCGCCAUCGACAAUAAGGUUCCUUUACCCAGAUAACGUCACAUAUGUCAUCAGUAAUGUAAAUAAAUGUAUAGGGUAAUUUCAUGUAACAGAGUAAAGACUUACCAAUGAUUUGUUUAUUUCUUUAUGGCCCAAAUUUAAUUAUCAAUAUGUCUAUUGGUUAAAGAUUAAAAGUAAGCUUAUCUAGAGAAAACUUAACACUUUCAUUUGCAUUAUAAAUAAAUGAAUAUGCAAUUAAGUUGGUCACUUACUUUACAGUUACAUGAAUUUACCCAAUACAGUUAUUGGUUGUCGAUAAAUAGAGAUUUAGAGACAUAAGUAAUUUUAUUGUUAUGAAAGUAAAGGUAGGUCCAUAUGUAAAA